AACCACAAUGGUUAAUAUAGUCGGAGUAUUUUUUCUGUGCGCGCUUGCGCUCAUCAGUGCUGUACAAUCGCAGGAGGAAGAUGUCCUUAAGUCCUUGGUAGCUGAGUUGACUAAAGACUUUCAGGAUAUUACAUUUAACAAUUUUGAAGCAAUCGACUCAGAAUUGCCAACUGAAGAGGACCAACUGUGUCUCGAUGAUUUGGCUGCAUUAACUGCGGGACUUCAGCGUGGUCAAAUGUGGGCACUAAAAAUGAUGGAUUCCUGGGGCGACAAGCCAUCGGGCCUACUGACAGGCAACUUUUAUGACUUGGGAAACUUUGACGAGUGCCUCAAUGUCAGAAGGGAAGUCAGCCAGAACCGAACCCUUCAGGGAAAGUACUGCUUUCGCUCGGUGAAUCUAUUAGCCAGGAGUGCCACCUGCAUUCCUGCAUCCUGUUCGGCAGUCCAUAUGAAGAGCUUUGUGGGGAAACUUGCCAAGUUGUCACCCAAAUCAGGACUUCCUACCACUGGCAUUACAAUCAGCGAUAGCAGUUGCCAGACCAGCGACAGUAAACCCUGGGAUGGACUCACCAUUUUUAUGGUAACAACCUUAUCGGUGCUGGGUUCCCUCGUAGCUUUGUUUACGCUGUGGGACUAUUUUUUAGUCUCUAAUCAGGAUAGGCUUCCUGCCAUAGUAAAGGUUUUUUCGGCCAGGGUUAACUCUCGAGCUCUCUUUCGCGUUGUGGAAAUCAACUCAAAUCCAAAUGUAAUCGACUGUCUUAAUGGAAUUCGCUGCCUGUCUCUCAUGUGGGUGGUCUAUUGCCAUCAAUUCGCAGCGGAUAUGACCUCGGCAAAUAUUAAUAUGUUUAGUAUUAAAACGAACACGGCUUAUGGCAGUUUAAUCGAGAAUGGCUUUUACUCUGUGGACUCAUUUCUCAUGCUUGGCGGCUUAUUGGUGGCCUUAAUUCCAUUGCGUUUAAUGGACAAAACCAAAGGAAAACUAAACGUACCCAUGAUGUAUCUGCAUCGCUUGAUUCGCAUAGUGCCCCUUUUGGGAAUGGCUAUCCCUAUCUAUAUGACCCUCAUGCCCAUUAUAUCAGGCGGACCACUUUUUGGAAGUGGUUUUGGUGAAAAAGCGGUAUGUGAAGACAGCUGGUACUGGACAUUGCUUUUUGUAAACAACUAUACAAAUCAAAAGUGCCUCGCUCAUACCUGGUAUCUGUCGGUGGACAUGCAGCUUUUCCUCAUCUCUCCGCUCCUGCUGAUCGCUCUUUACAAAUGGGGCAAGAAGGCCGCCGCAGGAAUAUUCGUUCUUAUACUUCUGCUUUCCGCUUGCCUUUUUGCCACCAUGAUGGUGAAUGACUACUCAAUGACCUUUCAGAACUUGUCUGUCGAAGCCAUGAAGCACAUGUACCUUGCCACCCACACACAUGCCACACCUUGGCUGAUUGGAUUUCUCUUCGGCUACUUUUUGCACCUGAACAAGGGCAAAAAGUUCCAGCUGAACUGGAUGGCUGUGUGGGCGGGCUGGAUCCUUUGUCUGGCCGUGAUCUUCACCUCGAUCUAUGCCCCCUACCCGUCGGCCCAAAAGGGUGCUCCUGCCAUGACGACCUUGGAGAACUCCUUCUACUACACCCUCACUCGAUUGGGCUGGUCAAUGGCCCUGUGUUGGGUGGUCUUCGCCUGCAUGCAAGGAUACGGAGGACUGGCCAACAGUUUCCUCUCAUCGCCAUUAUGGCAACCACUGUCUAGGCUUUCUUACGCCGUCUACAUGUGGCACAUGUUUAUCCAAGAGAUGAACUCCAAAAGUAUCAGGACAAAUUCCUACUUUUCGUUUUACAGAACGAUGCUUAGCUUUUGGUCGACUUUCGGUUUUACCCUGCUGUUUUCCUAUUCAACAUACCUGCUCAUUGAAGCCCCGUUCAGUAAACUUGACCUUCUCAUGCGGCCAAGGGCAAAAAAUCCCCCAGUCGUCAAACAGAAAUCACAGAUAGAUGAUAACGCAAUCAGCAGUAUAGAAAACGCGAAUGUCACCCUUUCCACAACUGAUGUAGAUCAGGGACCAAAAUAAUCUGUAAUACUAAUAGUUUAUGUUUUAAAUUUAAGUUUGAAAUAAAUAUCAAAUAAUUCUACACAAAAUAA